UGGCACAUUUUCACUCCACUGUUAAGAGGAGGAGGAUCUCCUGUGCGCUCAUGUUCUGCUCCAAGAGAAAUAAAGAUUUUUUUCUGUAUUUUUUUAUCCUAUUGAGGAUUAAAGAGCUUUACAAGGACACCCACAAUACAAUAUAGGAUUUACCCACUUCUCUUUAUCAGCAGCAGCAUGAAGAAACGUGGAGUUUUAUGGGAAAAGUGACUGGAGCACUUGGUUUGCCUCUCUUCACCACACAGCAUCAGGAGCUGCUCGAAGCUGAACUGCGAUGGCCAAGUGGCUCAAGGACUACCUGAGCUUUGGCAGGAAGGUUCCCCCUCAGCCUCCCACACCAGACUACACAGAGAGCGAGAUCCUCAAAGCGUACCGGCUCCAGAGAGACCUGGAUUUUGAAGAUCCCUACGAGGACGUGGACAGUAGAUCCAGAGGGGAUUCAGUGUCUUUUGACCCAGCCACACCAGUUUACAGUUCUCCCAUGAAGUCAUCCAGCGUGGACAUGAAGUCUCCUAUACACAGACUGAUCAAAGUGGACUCCCAGGAACUGGGGCGCACCAAGAUUCUCCUCAGCACCGUCUCUUUGGAAGACCAAAAAGAGCCUGUGGUGCCGUCAGCCCCACUGGCAGGGGACACAGAUUAUUCAGACCCGUUUGACGCUCGGUUAGACCACCGAGCAGAUCCAGAUCUCGGACCUGUUCCCUGUGAGAAUAAUGGCUACAUGGAGCCAUAUGAAGCCCAAAGGGUCAUAUCAGAACUGCAGCGUGCCCCCGGAGGAGGCCGGCUACGAGGAGGGGUGCAGCUCUACGACACUCCUUAUGAAGAUGAGCAAGGACAGCGCCUGGGCUUUGGGUAUGGAGAACUUCACGAGGAGGGCAAGGAGAGCAGCAGACUGCCACAGGAUGACGAGAGACCAGCCGAUGAGUAUGACCAACCCUGGGAAUGGAAGAAAAACCACAUCUCCAAGGCAUUUGCAGAAAUGAGGGAGUUGUCGAAGUUGCCCUGGCCUUCCCCAGUGGGUCAGCUGGAAGAGCAGCCCCCCGUCAGAGAGCAAGUGCAGUUUGACGGAGCAGAGUGGGAUCGCUCGUCAUCGCCCACAGAGCGGUUGCGUCCUCCUGGGCCCAGGUCCAGCCCACUAGCAGGAGGGGGAAUGAAAUUUCGAACGCCGCUCGAAAGCCCGACGAUGAUGGGAGAGAGAGUGGACGCCACUCUGCCUUUGGAGAAGCAGGUCAGUUGGUACCACGGUUCACUGUCCCGUUCAGAGGCAGAGUCUCUGCUAACACUGUGUAAAGAGUGUAGCUACCUGGUGAGGAACAGUCAGACUAACCGCUCCGACUACACCUUGUCUCUACGGAGCUGUCAGGGUUUUAUGCACAUGAAGUUCUCCCAGUGUAAAGACGGGAAGUACGUGCUGGGACAGAACAGCCCGCCGUUUGACACCAUUCCAGAGGCCGUCCACUUUUACACCACGCACAAACUCCCGAUCCGAGGCGCCGAGCACCUGUCCCUGCUGUUUCCUGUGCAGGUCCAGACGCUCUGACUGAGAUGAACUCUCCUCCGGCUGAAACGUGAGGAUAUUUAUUGUGAUCAGAUGCUGAAAACUUCAACAUUUGAAUGUCAGCAGAGUGGAACUGCUGUCUGUGAGGCAGUGAAUACGCACACAGGACGCGCUCGGCCUCAGACAUCGCAGCUGUUGCAUCCGUGCCAAAAAAAACAUUAAAAUUAUUUCUGGAUCAAUUCACAUGAAAUGCAAUACCUGAACUUCAGGCACCUUUGGUGUAGCUCCUCCCUCUCAUCUUUGUGUUUAACCAAGCGGGCUGGCUUCAGGACAGCUGCUCCACUUCACUGCAUUUCUUUCACAGCUGAUGGGAACGCACUGGAUGUUAGCAGAGCAGCUUCUGGAUCAAAGUCUGCGUUUUGUGAAUGUACUGAGGCUCCAGUUCACAGAAGAUGAGAGGAGGGCUGAUUUUUAAGUUAUUACUGUGCUACUGGUAAAAAAAAUAUUGCUGUUGUCGGGUGAAUACCUUGAUUAUCAUGUUCACACGUUUUGUGGGUUUUUAAUUAAUCAAUACAUCACAGUGAAGAAGAUGAGAAGCCCUGCUGUUGUCUGUGCUACAAAUAAACUGCUGAAAGGAAGAUACGAGGUUUUUACCUUCACCAGUUCGAUUUUACUUCCCAAUUUCUCUUAAAAUCUCGCCUUUUCUGGUUAUUUCUGUAUUCUUGCUAAAGAUUGCCUGCCACAGUUUGUGUUGGCUGUUGAUUGUUCUUCGUAGCUAAGAGAGGAGCUGUACCGUGCCGGUCCAGGUGUUGCCUGCUGUCAUCUCAUGACUGACUUUCAGUUCAGAUAAGUUUUGAAGCAGAGCUACACACAAAACAAAGAAAUGGAAUACUUAGAUUUCUAAAAUGUUGCCUGUGUUUUUAGUCAUUUUCUCACUUCCUGCAGAUUUUUGGCUGACUCAUCGCAGUGUGGAUGUCGAGAUAUACCCAACGCUUCUGGACUGGGUUUUAACGUCAGAUGCUUGGUUGCAGUAUUUUUAGAUUCAAACUAAUUUUAGGGAAACAUUUUGUGUUCUACUGAAAAUGACAAAUUUGUCCAAGUCCUCGUUUCUGGAUCCAGAAAUGUAA